AUGUCUCCCUCUACAGCCGAGAUGCGGAAGCGCGUCUGGGCUACUAUUGUUGAGCUUGACCUUGGAAUCUCUACUCAACUGGUCCUUCAUCGACUGAUCAAGCAUUGGCAAACUGAUACGGGAGGGCCGUCGAACCUUCACGACAACGAUUUUGAUCGAGCCACGGCUAAUAUGCCGGCUUCGCGGCCCGAGAACGGACUCACACAUAUGCUCUACCGUCUUGUCAAGGCAAGGAUGAUGGCAACAAUCGGUUUUGUGUGGGAUCUGGCGACUGACACAAGGCAAUAUCCCUACACGGAGAUAAUGAAGAUGGAUAGCAUGCUUCGAGAUGCGCAUAGCACAAUCCCGUCAUGUCUCCAGUGGCGUUCUAUGGUCCAUUGCAUCGUGGAUUCACCCCAGAUGAUCAUGCAAAAGGUGUUCUUGGAGAUUAUGUUCCACCGUGCGCAAAUCGUGUUGCAUCAGAGAAACCUGCAUAGCUGGCAAGCAGACACGCAGCAUGACUACUCCCAGAAGGCAUGUCUAGAUGCAGCGCUCAAACUUCUCGACUAUCAGCACGUCCUCCAAGAAGAGACGCAGCCGUUCUGCCGAUUAUACCAGGAGCGAUGGCGAGUCUCCUUUCUAGUUAACCAUGAUUUUCUGCUUGCCACCAGCAUUCUGUGCUCUUACCUACAUCAAGCUCGUGCCCAAAAUAAAGGAUACGAGGGCGCUGUGAUCGGGGCGACCAUCUGGACGUCGCUCCAAAAAAUAUAUGACAUUUGGCUUCGUUCUAGCCGCUCUUCGAAGGAGGCACAGAGAGUAUUGAAAGCUCUGAGGAACCCUGCCCGUUUCAACAUUCAAUUCCCCGACUUUGAUGCGACGGCGUUGGCUGAUUGGUCUCCGUCAAAUGACGGCAUUGAAAGCUUUCCAAUCACAACACCUGCUUCCAGUGUCGACUGGCAGAUGAUCGACACCGCGAUAAAUGCUAUGCAAAGUCCCGGUGGCGAGAGUUCUCAGUUUCCGGACGGCGCUGGACGUUAA